AUGGUGCUCUGCGCUAGCGUGGACGAACUCCAAGUCGCGAUCGACACGACUGCUGUGUUGGCGCCAACACUGCCAAGUUCUGGGGCCUCUUACCCGCUCAAACGCCUCGGCGGACGCCCCACGCUCACGGCUCGAUUCAUCCGGUGUAUCACAAACCACGCCCCAACUGGAUGGUAUCGCGACCGCUUCCGCCCUAGAGCAAACGAGCCCACCAUGUGCACCCUCCACGACGGCCCGCCGGCAUAUCACACGCGCGAACACGUCCUCUUCCACUGCAACCACUACGUUCGGAAAUACAGGCACUCCAGCAUCGAAGACCUUCUCGGGUCCCUGGACCCGUUCUACGACAUCCAGUGCUUCCUUACCGACAACCCGACCGCCUUCUCGUUCGACGACGCCCCAGACGGCUGA